AUGGCGCGCGACUCGCUCCAGAUGCAAGAGGUCGCAGCUUCCACACGAGACGCAGAGAUCGAGGCUGCCGCCCACGAGGGUGCGCAAAUCGGCGCGCUCGACUCGGCAGCCGCAGCAGCCGACCACGACAUCCACCACCACGACGAGGCAGAGACGGCACUACCCACCCGCACCCAGACCUCCGAGGGCAGCCAAACGACGUCCGACCUAGAUGAAAAGAGCGACACCCAUCCCGCUAGCCCCACCACGAACAAGGAUGCAAAGGACGCAAAGGGAAGCGGACACUGGCUCCAACAGGACAAGCAGGUGCUUCCGUACAACAACAUGAAGAUCGUCAUGCCAGGCAUCUGCUUGAUCAUCUUCCUUGCAGCCCUCGACCAGACCAUCGUGUCGACGGCACUCCCAGUCAUCUCGCAGCGCCUCGACGGUGAUGCGGGCCAGUACUCUUGGGUAGGAUCGGCGUACCUGCUUGCGUCCACCAGUUUGAUCCCGCUCUACGGCCGUCUGUCGGACCUGACAGGGAGGAAGCCGCUUCUGUACAUUGCCACCGCCAUCUUCCUGCUGGGCUCUGCGUUGUGCGGUGCGGCGCAGAACAUGGCGUGGCUCGACGCCGCACGAGGCGUGCAGGGCAUCGGAGGCGGUGGCAUCAUCGCGCUCAUCAACAUCAUCAUCGGCGACAUUGUCUCGCUCGAGGACCGAGGCAAGUACUCGGGCUGGAUCGGCGGCGUCUGGGGUGUGGCUUCGGUCAUCGGCCCUCUUCUCGGAGGCGCAUUCACCGACGCGGGUCACUCGGGCUGGCGAUGGUGCUUCUUUGUCAACCUUCCGCUCGGAGCGAUCGCGCUCGCCAUCAUCUUCUUUUCGCUCAACCUCAACCCGCGCCCCAAGCUCACCUUCCGCGAGGCGUGCGGCGAGUUCGACUUUAUCGGCCUCGUCAUGGUGGUCGUCUCGGUGGUGCUCAUCCUGCUCGGCUUCAACUACGCCGAGACCAAGUCGUGGAACCGGCCCGAGACGAUCUCGCUGCUCACCGUGGGCGGUGUGCUGCUGGUGGCGUUCAUGGCGUGGGAGUUCAAGACGACCAAGAAGCCCAUUGUGCCGCCGCGUCUGGUGACGACGCGCACCACCUCGCUCAUCCUGCUCUCGGUGGUGCUGCACGCUUUCGCCUUCUUCGCAGCCACCUACUACCUGCCCGUCUACUUCCAGGCGAUCUUCGGCGCGUCGGCGCUCAUGAGCGGUGUCUACAUGCUGCCGUAUGCGCUCAUCGCCUCGAUCCUCUCGAGUGUGGUCGGAUUCGGCAUCUCCAAAUUCCGCGCCUACAGACCGUUCCUCUGGAUCGGUUGGGCCAUCAUGCUCAUCGGCUACAGCCUCAUGGCCACGCUCGAUGCGGACACGAGCAUGGCCAAGCAGGAGGUGUUUAUCGGCAUCGCUGGUCUGGGCACGGGCUUCCUCUUCCAGACGCCCCUCGUCGGGUUGAUGGCCGCCAUGCCGCACGGAGACCUCUCGACCACGGUGGCAGCCAUGUCGCUUGUGCGUUCGCUCGGAGGCACCAUGGGCAUCGCUGUAGCAGGCGCAGUGUUCAACACCCAGAGCCGCGCGAGGCUCGAAAAGAUCCCCGGCUUCACCAUGGCCAUGGUCUCGACGGGCUCGGGCGGACAGGACCUCACGGGACUGCGCAACAUCCAGCCGCCCGAACUCAGCCGCCAGAUCAUCCACGCCUAUGCCAACGGCCUUCGCGUCGUGUGGAUCGUGCUUGCGCCCAUGGUGGCGGCGGGCUUCCUUGCCGUUCUGGGCGUCAAGGGCUACUCGCUCCGCAGGGAUGUCAAGCAGAACCCGCAGGUGGACAAGAAGAAGGUCGAAGACCUCGAGAACCCCGACACCGCCUCCACGCCGGCCGAAGCUGCCGAGCCCAAGCAAAGCUAG